AUGCUGCUCGAUUUAUCUAGAUGUAAGCUAAAAAGUUUAGAAGAUAGUGAUGUGAUUCUUGAAAAAUUGAUAGAACUAAAUUGCGAUUAUACAAGUAUAACAUAUUUAGAUGUUUCAUAUAAUAAUAUUAAAUCUAUUAAAGGAUUAAGACAUUUUGAAAAUCUGAAAAUAUUAAAUAUAUCGAAUAAUGAAUUAACUUCAUUAGAUGGUGAUUAUAUUCCCUGUUCAACUGAAAAAAUAAUUUGUGAUAAUAAUAAUCUUAGUGACAUUUAUUUUAAGGGUAUAACAAAUGAAAGGGAAGAAUCAGAAUCAGAAUCCAAAUAUGAAACUGAUGAAGAAACGGGUUCAGAUGAUAAUAGAAAAAAUAAUUGUAUAGAUAAAAUAUAUAGUUAUAAAAAUGAUAAUAAUAUUUCUUCAAAUUAUUCAAAUGAUUUAAAAAGUUAUAAUAUGCAUGAUAAAUAUAAUAAUAGUUUUUUUUAUGAUAAAAUAUAUUACACAAAUAAUAAUUUUCCAUUAAGCAAAUUAAAAUAUUUAGAUGUAAGCUACAAUAAUAUUAAGAGAUUAGCAACAUUUGAAAAAUAUUUACAUAUUUUAAAUAAAAGAAAUAAAUUAAACAAUUCCAAUGAAACAAACAUAUCAAAGAAUCUCAAAUCUGAAAGUGUAGAAAGUGAUGUAGAUGAUGCACAGAUAAAUAAUUUUAUUUCGAGUAAAACUGAAAAAGAUGUUAUGAUUCUAUUUUUUAAUUCUUUAGAAACUCUGCAUCUAAGAGGAAAUAAAUUAACUAAUUUAAAAGGAUUAAGUGUUUUAAAAAAUUUAAAAGUUUUAGAUCUUAGAUCAAAUUUAAUUAGCCAUCCAGUACAACUCUUUUAUAUUCUGGAUAAUAAAAAUUGGCUAAAAAAAUAUCAUGAUAAAAAAAAUAAAAAUAAAAAUAAAAAUAAAAAUACUUAUUAUUCUUAUUUUUCAUAUAUAUUAAAAAAAUAUAAAAAUAUAAAUUUACAAAAUAUAUCCUUAUUAGGCAACAACAAAGUAUUCAAACCAAAACGCUUGCUUGCAUCUGUAUUUAACGUAUUAAAAAAUGUUAAUAGAAAAAAGGAACUUAUAACUGAUUUUUCUGAUCGUGUUUCGAUAAAUGAAAGUAAUGAUAUUCUUGAACGUGAGUUUUGUGAUGCAAAUGGUGAGGAAGAAGAUGACUCAGAUGCUUCUUAUGAUACAGAUUCAGACAUGGGUUCAGAAGCAGAUGUAGAAGUCGAGGAAAAUUUGGUUCUAAAUAGUGUUAUGGAAAAUUCAAACUUAAUAGAAAUCAAUACAUAUAUUUCUAAAAAUAAACAUGAUAAUUUUGUAAAAAAAAGUAACGAAAUAAAUAUUCAUAAUGAUAUUAAAAAAAUUACAUCUAAACCAAAGGAUUCUAUUGAAUUAAAUGAUCCUGGGUUCUAUGAUAAAAAUAUAAAUAAAAAUGAAAAUGAUUGUGCUGAGAAUAGUCAAGGAGAAAAGAAUAAAAAUAGAGAUAUUCCAACUUCUUUAAGUCGAAAGGAGAUAGAUGUAGAAUCAAGUGAUACUGAAGAGGAUACACAUGGACAAGUAGAAAGUGUAAUGGAUUCUCAUAGCGAAUCAGAAAAUGAAAAAGAAUAUAGUGUAAGUGAUAUAGAGCAUGAAUUUGCAACUGAAGAAGAAAUCGAACCAAGCAAAGUAAAAUAUAAUGAGAUAGAUGCAGGUACCAUAACGAAUCAAAAUGAUAGUGAAAGUGAAGAGGAAGAAAUAAUUAAAACCGUGGUAGAUGCAGAGCCCAUACAUAAUCAAAGUGAUACUGAAAAUGAAAGUGAAGAGGAAGAAAUAACUAGAAGCGAAAUAGAUGCAUAUAGCAUAAAGAAUCAAAAUGAUAAUGAAAGUGAAGAGGAAGAAAUAAUUAAAACCGUGGUAGAUGCAGAGCCCAUACAUAAUCAAAGUGAUACUGAAAAUGAAGAGGAAAUAAAUAGAAGCGAAAUAGAUGCAGACAGCAUAAAAAAUCAAAAUGAUAGUGAAAGUGAAGAGGAAAUAAAUAGAAGCGAAAUAGAUGCAGACAGCAUAAAAAAUCAAAAUGAUAGUGAAAGUGAAGAGGAAAUAAAUAGAAGCGAAAUAGAUGCAGACAGCAUAAAAAAUCAAAAUGAUAGUGAAAGUGAAGAGGAAAUAAAUAGAAGCGAAAUAGAUGCAGACAGCAUAAAAAAUCAAAAUGAUAGUGAAAGUGAAGAGGAAAUAAAUAGAAGCGAAAUAGAUGCAGACAGCAUAAAAAAUCAAAAUGAUAGUGAAAGUGAAGAAGAAAUAAAUAGAAGCGGAAUAGAUGCAGACAGCAUAAAAAAUCAAAAUGAUAGUGAAAAUGAAGAAGAAGAAAUAAAUAGAAGCGGAAUAGAUGCAGACAGCAUAAAAAAUCAAAAUGAUAGUGAAAAUGAAGAAGAAGAAAUAAAUAGAAGCGGAAUAGAUGCAGACAGCAUAAAAAAUCAAAAUGAUAGUGAAAGUGAAGAAGAGGAAAUAACUAGAAGCGAAAUAGAUUCAGACAGCAUAAAGAGUCAAAAUGAUAGUGAACAUGAAAGUGAAGAGGAAGAAAUAACUAGAAGCGAAAUAGAUUCAGACAGCAUAAAAAAUCAAAAUGAUAGUGAAAAUGAAGAAGAGGAAAUAACUAGAAGCGAUAUAUAUAGUAUAAAAAGUUAUGGCGAUGAUGGCGAAGAUACAGGAAGUGAAGAAGAGGAAAAAGAAGAAAGCGAAUCUGAGGACGAUGUAAAUGUGAGUCUAGAAAUGGAAAGAAAUGAAGGAAUAAAAAUAAUUGAUGUAAAAGAAGGUGAACAAAUGCAUAAAUCACAAAUAGAAUUAACGAAUUUAAAAAUAGAAGAAAAUAUUUCAAAAGAAAUAGAUAAUAUCGAAAACAACAUAUUAGCUAUUAAAGGAAAAGAAUCAGAAUAUAUAAAUUCUCAUGAAAUUCCAAAAGAAGCGUAUGUAUCUAGUAAAGAAUCCGAAAUGAAUAGUGAAAUAAAAGUAAGUAAUUCAAAUGAUGAAAUACAAAACAAAAAGGAAGCAGAAUUAUGUUCAGAUAAAGAAAAUGAAAAGAAAAAUGAUCAAAACAAAACUUAUAGAGAUUUUCAGAAUAGUUUGAAGAUCUUUGAUUAUGAUAAACAUAAAUAUUUUCCAAUAUUAAAUGAAAAAAUAGAAAAAUUAAAUAAUAAAAUAGGUGAGUAUUCGAUAAAAAAACAAGCCAAACAAAAGAGUAAAGAAAAUGAAGAAGAAAAGUUUACAGGUUCUAUUAUUCCAAAUUUAAUACAAAAUACCAAUAAAAAUGUAGAAAAAAAAUCAAAAAAUGUGAUUUAUUUUUAUAACAACUUAAAAAAAAAUAUGCUUAAAGAAAAUUAUCAUAAUAAAAAAUGUGAGGAAAAUGAAUCUAAAAAAUCAAAUAAACAAACAGUUAGCUUGAAAAAUGUGAUUAAAAAAAAGAAUCGAUUAAAUGGUUAUAAUUGUAGUGAAGUAAAAAUAGACAAUGAUGAAAAAGAAAUAUAUAAAAAAAAUGAUAUUUCUUUGAAAAGAAAAAAAAAUAUAUAUAGCAAAAAUAACUAUUAUUGGAAUUCUCAUAAAAAUGAUUCUAUUCCUAUCCAAAUUAAUAACGAUAAAUAUAUUAAUAUUCAUUCUAACAAUUUUAAUAGCAAUAUAGAUAAUAUAAUAAAUAAUAAUAUUGAUGAUAAAGACAAUAAAUUGUAUAAUAAAAAAAAUGAAAAAUAUAUUAAUAUUGAAGACCAUGAAACAAGUUGUUCUUUUUCCUCCAUUGUAAUAAAUAAAAAAAACAACAAAAUAUUUAAAGAAACUGAAACUUAUGAUAAGCAUUCAGAUAUUUCAAAUUUUGUAAAUUAUUCAUUCAUAGGAAAUGAUAUAAUUAAUAGUGAAUUCGAACAAAUUAGUCAAAACCCUACUUUUGAAAAAAAUAAUAGCAGCACAAAUUAUAUUCCCCAAUUUCAUCAAUGUAAAAAUAUAAUCAUAAGUGCAACUAAAAAUGAAAUCAUUCAUGAAUCUGAAAAGGAUGGAAAUGAUAAUGUUAAAACAAAAAUAGUAGAAAAAGCGGAUCCAGACAAACAUUUAGAUGUAAUAGAAGGUAUUAUAAAUAGAAAAUGUUUAAAUCAUGGUUAUUCAAAAUAUUUCGAUUUAGAAAAUGGAAGCAUAAAUGGCAAUGUUGAUGAUGAUAAUAAUCGUGCUAAACAAAAUUUGAACUUUAAAUUUGAAAAGGGAAAUAAUAAUGAAUGUCUUGAAUUGUUGAAAAAGAAAAACAACAAUUCUAGACCAGAUGUAUUAGAAAAAAAAGAAUCAUCAAUAGAUGCAGCACACUCUAUGCAUAAUGGAAGUAAAAAGAUAGUAAACAAACUAGAAAGUAGCAAUGCAUGCAAAAAAGGCGAUAAAAAAAGUGAUAACAAGUUGGGAAAAAAUAAGAUAGAAAAAAACAGGGUAGAAAAAAACAGAGUAGAAAAAAACAGAGUAGAAAAAAACAGGGUAGAAAAUAACAGAGUAGAAAAAAACAGAGUAGAAAAAAACAGAGUAGAAAAAAACAGAGUAGAAAAAAACAGGGUAGAAAAUAACAGAGUAGAAAAAAACAAGAUAGAAAAAUUAUGUAAAAUUAAAAGUUUGCAAACUUAUAAUUUGCCACAUAGUAAAUUGCCAAAUGGUGUGUGUCUCUCAAAACCUAAGCCAUCUUCUGGCUUGUUUGAAAUAAGCAAAACAAACAAAACAUGUUUGAAGUUGAUUAAAAUAAAUAAACAUGACGAAAUUAAUUAUACAAAUAAAAACAAUACCUCUUAUGAAACUUGUGAUAAUUCGAAUGAAAUAAAACAAUUAGAAAAUAAGAUAAAUAAAGAUUCUGUACAUGAUAAUACAAAAAUGGUAAUGUGUAAUGAUAAAAUAAAUGUUUAUAAUAGCAAAAUUAGUGAAAAUAGUAACAACCAUAAGUUAAGUAAAAAUUUAAUAUUAUAUAUAAAAGAAACAUGUUUAAAAUUGAGAAAAGAAAAACAAUACAAUAAUAUGUUAUUUAAAGAAAAUAAAAAACUUGAAAAUAAAGUAAGACUGCUAAAUCAAAGUAAAAAAAUAUAUAAGAAAAAAAUUAAAAAUUUGGAAAAAUAUUGUGAUGAAAAAAAUAAAAUUACAAAAAAAUUUGAAAAUAUAAUGAAGAAUUUAAAUUUAUUGCAAAACUCCAAAAUGGAAAUUCCUAUGAAUGAUGUCAAAAUGCAGAACACAUAUAUUGAUAACACAAUAAACCAAUUAUAUAACACAUUCUUAGACACUUUAGGCGAAAAUCACAUAAUAACAAAAAUAAUCGAAAAUUUGGCUUCCGUGCAUGCAAAAAAGGAAAAGAAAAUAGCAUUACAAUUAAAUGAACAAGUUAAGAAUUUGAAUUUGUUAAAAAGUCAUGAAGAACUAACUCAAACAAAAAAUGAAUAUUUCAAAGAAUUACAAAAAAAAGAAAAAGUUAUUAUUAACUUAAAUGAAAAUUUAGAAGAAAUAAUGAAAAACACUAAUGACAUGAAACAAAUGUUAGCAGAAAAUGAUGAUAAAUUAAAAAAUUUUAAGAUGGAAUUAUCUCAAAAAAACACAAUCAUUAAAGAAUUGGAGGAAAAAAACAAUAAACUGAUAGAAAAUGAAAAAGCAAUGCAAAUUGAGAAAGAAAAUUUAUUGGAGUUAUUAUAUGGAAAAGACGAAAAAUUAACAAACGCUAAAGAAUACAAAGACGAAAUUAAAGAAUUACAACAAAAAAUAAAAAACUAUUUACAUAAAAAUGCUCACAAAGUACAAGAUAAAAUAUAUGAACAGAUUUUAGAUAAGUUAUAUGAUGAACAAAUUAAAAUACAAUCAUUUUUAGUAGAAAAAGAUCAAACUAUAAUUCAAAAAAAUACAAAAAUAGAACAUCUUCAGGCUCAAUUACAUUCAUGGGCAAAAGAAGCAUCUAAAUGGGUAUUAAUUGCAGAUAAACACACAAAACUUAUUACUAAUCAUAAUAAUUUAAAGAAAAAUUAUGAAGAACUUAAGUAUAAGUAUAUAAUGGAUUUGAAGCAUUUACAAACAAAAAAAAACGAAAAGAUAAAAGAGCUUAUAAGGAAGUUUUCAUAA